AUGCGCGCUUUGGAUGCGGCAAUGAAAGAAUACUUUGCUAUGGAGUCCUCGGGAACACGUGUGCCAAGUAAGCCAUUAAGAUCGAAAGACGACGAGCGCGCGUUGCAGAUUAUGGAGGCGACCACAAGUUAUUGCCCGAUUGACAAACGUUGGCAAACUGGACUGUUAUGGAGGUUCGACAAAGUAGAUCUACCGGAUUCAUACUCAAUGGCCAUGAGGCGUCUUCAGUGUUUAGAAGCGAAAAUGGCAAAGGACAUCGAUCUUAAAAGCUUUAUGUUGGACAUUAUGCAAAGCUAUGAAGAAAAGGGAUACAUCCGGAGAUUAACAGAAAGUGAGCUAGAUAAGGGUAAAAGUUCAUGGUUUCUUCCUAUAUUUACAGUCACUAACCCAAACAAGAACAAGACGAGGCUGGUCUGGGAUGCAGCUGCGAAAGUCAACGGCACGUCAUUAAACGACGUCUUGCUAAAGGGCCCGGAUAUACUGGCAUCUCUAGUUGGCGUGUUAAUACGUUUUCGGGAGCGACCAGUAGCAGUGGCUGGUGACAUAAGUGAGAUGUUUCACCAAGUAAGAGUGCGCCCAGAGGACCAGACGGCUCAGAAGUUUCUAUGGCGCAGUGGAAAUUCGGCUAAAGCGGCAGAAACGUACGUGAUGCAGGUUAUGACAUUCGGUGCUUCCUGCUCGCCGGCCUUAGCUAAUUACAUAAAGAAUCGCAACGCAGAGCGGUUCAGAAAAGAAUCUCCAAGAGCUGUUGCGGCCAUUUGUAGAAACACGUUUGUCGACGACUGGCUCGAGUCGACAAACACCGAAGACGAGAUGACGGAGUUGGCCAUGGAGGUGCAGAGAAUUCACUUGGAGGGUGGAUUCAACAUGAGGCGCUGGACCUCGAAUUCUGCGAGCGUAGUGAGAGCGCUCAAGAACCAAGAAGGAGACGUGCCUAGGGAGAAUAUCUGGCGAGCAGGAACGGAUUGGGAUGAGUCUCUUCAGGAAGAGGACCAAGCAGACUGGAAAAUUUGGGUGAAGCUGUUACCCAAAAUCAACGAAGUGAGGAUUUCAAGGUGCAUGCCGAAGGUUUGUUGUGCAAGACGAGUACAACUUCACACGUUUGUGGACGCCAGCAUCAACGCUUAUGCAGCGCUUGUGUACCUGCGAGCAGAAGUGGAUGGAAUAGUCCACUGUUCCCUGGUAGCGUCUAAGACACGAGUGGCCCCCUUGAAGCCAGUCUCAAUACCACGGAUGGAACUGAUGGCUGCUGUUUUAGGUUUACGGCUGACGAAAUUCAUCGAACCUGAACUCUCAGUCUCCAUAUGUCAGCGUAUUUUCUGGACGGAUUCGAAGGACGUUUUAUGCUGGAUUAGAUCAGAUGCCCGCAAAUACAAUCAAUUUGUGGCAUUGCGAGUUGGAGAAAUUCUGGAAGACUCUGACGUGCUAUCUUGGCGAUGGGUGCCCACCCAGAAUAACGUUGCAGACGAUGGCACGAAAUGGACAAAGAUGCCAGACAUGACCGGGAAUUCAAGGUGGUUUGUUGGCCCGAGAUUCUUGUAUGAACAAGAGACACAAUGGCCUAGCAUGGAGCAGAGCCCGAGCAAGACGAGUGAAAGUAUCUUGCACCACGAGGAGAAAGUCAAAGGGAACUCUAGUUUGGCUUCCAUCACACCUGAUCCGGAACGAUUCGGAACGUUGGAAAAGCUACGGGCGGUACAAAAGCGAGUUCUAAACUUUUUGCAAGGCAUAUGUAAGAGGCCUUGCGGAGAACAACUGAUGAACAUUUUGGCUAUAAACCGCGAUGUGGAAACCGAUGCAGUUUUUAUUCGUGCAUGA